GAGCUUUCCCUGGGAAUUUACCAAGGCAAGUUUCCUUAUCGUUACGUUCGCGCUGCCUUUUGCGACCCAUUCCUGCCCAUUUGCGCUCUGUUCAGCGUUUUCUCACAGCAUCUCCACGUCUUGUCCCGAAACAGCACUAUGUCACAGAUACCAUCAAACUAUCAGUGCAACUGCAAAUCCUGUUCUACCAGCAAAUAUCACACUCGCUCAGUAGCUAAGUCUUGCACAAACCAAAUAUCGGCUAAGGAGCAGCACGCUGGAGUGCAAGCUUCAUCGCAGCUGGGGUCACGGCAAUCAUCACACCCAGCCAGUGGCGGAAAGGGGCAUCUGGUAUCAAGGCUCAUGCAGUCUAUCAUUCGUUAUUGGACCUUUAUGAUGCUGGACCAGCAGGUACGCAUAAGCCAAAGCCAGCCGGACGACAUACCCUCCAGUCCUGCCACUACUCUCAGUAAUGACAACACGAGCGAUGGAGGGUCUACCACCAGUCUUUCCAAACGUGAUAGAUCCUCGGAUAUUGAAGAAGAGUCAGUGGAUGGUUCAGUGAAUGGAGGAGCGUCAAUGAGCCAAACAGAUCCCGCCUCGAAUGAAGAUGCAGAUCUAACAAAGUUCACCUUAAAGAGUCUUUUGUUAGGUGAGGAACUCAAGAGGCUCCAAGUCUGGAAAACAUCCUUUUCCAACGACGAGCUGGAUAGACUACCUACUAUCGACCACGAAGUCGCACAGAGUGUACUGAAAUGCUUGACGAGUGUAGCCAACAUACUGAUUGAAGGGUCAAAGGAAUGGCGAAUCAGAUCGGAGCCAGAUGAUCUUAAGGCUGAAGGGGUAUUUCUAGAGAGUCUACUGGAAGAGAUUGAGACAAAGGCAUCGGAAUCCAAUGUCGAAAACGAGGCAAUGACGGAUUGUAGUGGUAUUUCAGAGUCAGAUGAAUCUUACCUAACCAUUGGGAAUCCAAGCUUGAUCAAAGAUCUCAAAUAUGAGAUCGACAGACUUCAAAUGCUUUCUCACUCUUUGCGCCUUGGAUUAAGGACCGGAGUCAUAUUUACGAAUAGCUGAACACUCGAUACCUUACAUAUAUAAACCGUUAUCAAAUAAAACAUUCCUUCGAAGAAAAGACACUGG